CUGCUACGCCCUGCACAUCCUCCAUGUUUCCAAUGACAUGACUGCAGAAGCCAACAAACCGAGACAAAGCUCAGCUUAGAGGAGGAAAGGAUUAAAACGAGAAAUGAUGGAGGUCAAAGUGGACAUGCAAUCUGAAGAUCUGACUUUCACCCAGAGUGGCACAAGUCGAGUAUCGAUUCAAGACAGGGACCCUAGAGGGAUUAACAAGAACCUGAAGGUAACUCAUGUUCACUAUCAUAAGAGCAUACAGCACUUGAGAUAUGCAGUCCUGCUGUAAAUGCUUUACUGUAUCUCCUCUUUCUGUCUCCAGUCUUCGUAAUGUAAAUCUUGGAUGCAUAAACAUGAGGAAAAAAACAAUAUUUUACAUAGAAUUCAUCUUCUUUUUUUCAUAGAAAUAUUCAUCAGGGCCUCUACUUAUCUUCUUUGUGUUUCUUAGUCAUAAAACAUGAUGGGCAAUGUCAUGUGGUCAAUAUCAAUAUGUUGAAAAAUACUGACCUCAAGUGGACACGAUCGCACACAUUGCUCUUUUUUGUCUAUGCAUGUUGAAUACUAAUAUGUAACUACCAUCCACUUAAAAAAAGGUAUUUGCAAUUAAAAAUGCUCCUUUCAGUAUGUUUAUGUGCAUCUCAUUUAUCCUCCAGACUUUCUAAGAUUAUUGAUCCAAGUUGUCCGUGUUAUAUUAAACAUCAUAGGUGAUAGAAGUGUUUUGGCACUCACUCACAGUAUCUCUGUGUGUAUUGAGGUCACGUUUGAGGAUGUGAUUGCAGAGCCUCCCUCUGUGCGGAGCUUUGAUAAAGUGUGGUUGUGGAGCCAUGCCCUGUUUGAGGUGGCCAGGCUGUGGUGCUACCGCCUCAUCUCCCUCCUGCUGGCUGUGCCGCUCUCUCUGGCUGCAGGGCUCCUCUUCGCUGUGCUCAGCUGUCUCCACAUCUGGUAGGGUGUUAUUUACUUAUUUCUCUGCUUUCACGAGGAAGGACUGAUGACCGAUUUCGAGGGAGGAAAGACUUUUUUCCUCUGUGACAAUAAAUUUCAGUGACAAUAUGUUUCAUGCUCCGCCCUGUUUCUCUCCAGGUUGAUUAUGCCUUGUGUUCAGCUCCUUCUCAUCAACAUGCACUGGAUCAGGACCGUGUGGAGCAGCAUAUUGAACAUUCUCAUCAGCCCUUACUUUAGCAGUAUUGGGAAGUGCUGCAGCCGAAUUACUAUCCAUCUGGCAAGGGAUGAAGAUAGAUAA